UCUAAGCGUUCUAACAUAAUUGACUAGAAAAUAUAAGUAUUAAAUAACAUAAUAAUAUUGAGUUUAUGCCGCUAACUUGCUAUAAUAUUAAAUAAACAUUAUAGUAUGAUCUAAAAAAACUUAAAUAAUUAAACUAUUUUGAGUUACUGCUUAUUAGUUAUUUUUGUAUGAGAUCGAGUUCAACAAACAUUUAAGAUGAGGAGUGAAGUAAAUAAUGCCAAACCUGAAAUGUGUAUAAAGAAUAAAGAUUAUUUAUACAGACUCAUAAUAAGUCAACUGUUUUAUGAUGGCCAUUCCACAAUUGCAACAAACUUAGCUGUCCUGGUGAAUGUUGAUCCACCUUGUCCUCCAUCAGAUCGACUGAUGAGUGUAGUGACAAAAGGCUUACAGCAUGAAACCGAUAGACAAAAAGAAUCAGAGCAAGCAUUAAACUUAAAUCCAAUUCAACAAAUGUUAAUUGGACCGGGCAUUGAUUUGGAAUUUGAGACUAAUGUUAGCUGUACUGCUCCCGAACCGUCACUUUAUGAAACUGUAUAUGUAACAUCCCACAAAGGACCCUGUAGAGCUGGUGCUUUUAGUCCUGACGGACAGUUAAUCGCUACAGGAAGCAGUGAUGCAUCAAUUAAAAUUUUAGAUGUUGAAAGAAUGCUGGCUAAAGCACAUGAUAUUGGUAAUACUGAUAAUCAAGAAGGACAGGGACAUCCAGUAAUUCGAACGUUAUAUGAUCAUUUAGAAGAAGUGACGUGCUUAGAGUUCCAUCCUAAUAAGCCAAUUUUGGCUUCAGGCUCUCGAGAUUGUCAUGUUAAACUUUUUGAUUAUUCUAAAACAUCUGUGAAGAAAGCCUUUAAGACAAUAAAUGAUGUCGAACCUAUAACAUGUAUUAGUUUUCAUCCCGUCGGAGACUUUUUAGUAAUGGGCACCAAUAGCCCUGUCAUAAGGCUUUACGAUAUAAAUACAGUUCAAUGUUAUGUUUGUUCACUUCCUAGUCAUCAACAUACUGGUCCUGUUACAUCAAUCAAGUAUGAACCAAGUGCCAGGUACUUUGUGUCUUCUAGUCGAGAUGGUUCAAUUAAGUUGUGGGACGCUGUAUCUAAUAAAUGUGUUAACACACUCGAUAAAGCACACGAUGGUAGUCAAGUGUGUUCUGUGACAUUUUCAAGAAAUGGAAAGUACAUCUUAUCAUCAGGCAAAGAUUCUUUAGUGAAACUUUGGGAAUUGUCCACUAGUAGAUGUCUGAUUGCGUAUACUGGAGCUGGAACUACUGGAAAACAAGAACACCGUACCCAAGCAUUGUUUAAUCAUACUGAAGAGUAUGUCAUGUUCCCAGAUGAAGCCACUACAUCUUUGUGUGCAUGGAAUGCACGAAAUGCUUCACGACAACAACUUUUAUCAUUAGGUCAUAAUGGAGCUAUACGUUCAAUAGUGCACUCACCAAAUUCUGCAGCAUUUUUGACUUGUUCAGAUGAUUAUAGAGCCCGUUUUUGGUAUAGAAAACACUUGAUUGGAGCAUAAAUUGAAUAUUUUUAUUUUUAUUCAAACCCUAUUUAUUUAUAUAAUUUUGAAUAAACUUAAUGUACAUGGGUAAAAAUAACUAAAUUAUAUUGAAUUUAUCAGUGUAAUAAUUAAAUAAAAGUGUUUAUAAUAUAAUUAUAAUAAAGUAAUAUUUUAGUAACUUAA